AUGUGCUACAGAAUGUCAGCUGUCACUACUGUUGCAAUCGCGCUGCUCACUGUGACAACUACCAUUUCGGCAAUGCCAACGGAAGGAACAAUUACUGACAGUUUGCAAGUGCAAUCAGCCGCAUUCGAAAACGUCAGUGACACAGCGUCACGUAACGAUACGGCUAAUCACAGUUCCGUGCUCUCCGAACAUGACUCGGAAGUGAGAGCAGUUGUUUGCUUAAUUUUAUAG